AUGUCCUCCACCAACACCACAGCCCACCAAGCGGUCCUCGCCCUCUUGCGUCGCGCUACGGCCGCCCAGAAGGCAUUGGAGGAACAAGUCGCCCAAAUGUCUUCGCACGGGCGAAACCUUGAAGAUUCUCUUCGCGUCGCUCGCGAGAAAAUCGCGACCCUAGAAGACCAAGCCUCCACCAUGUCGUCCCAUGAUCGCGCGCUUCACGCGCGCUUCACGCGCGCUUCGGAGUCGGAAACACCAUCGACUUCUCGCCUGAAGUCGAUCAAGCUGGAUGUUGCCAUAUUCGGCGGAGUGGAGUCGGACAAAAUCCUCCGUUGGUUUUUACAAGCCAGCACUGCUGCUGACGCUCAGCGUAUCUCCGACGACGCCACCCGCGUAGCUUUCGCGAUGUCGCAUUUGAAGGGUCGUGCGGAAGAUUGGGCGUUCUCCAAACGGUUUGACGGACCGCCACUGCUUCCCAUCUUUCGCGGGAAAAGCUACCUUCAAGAGUUCAUCCAUGAUCUUCGCUUCUUGGCUGCGAACAUUAACGAUGAAGAGUCACUCCCGGGGCCCCUACGGGUGACCGUGUUCAUGGACGGUCUCAACCAAGGCCCGGCGCGCACACAGCUGUUUCGCGCCUACCCGAACACCUUUGAAGAAGCCGCAUCGGACGACCGCGCGUGUUUCAAUUGCGGUCGCCCGGGACACUUCUCCCGCGUCGUCAGCCGCCCCGCCCUCACACGGUUCCUCCCGUACUGCGUCCGAUACCCCUUCGCGUCGCCCUCUGAGCGUCCCACCUAA